UGACUACGGAGCCGGGAACUCUAUCUAAAAGAAAUUGUUAGCUGCAGGUGGAGAUGGGCAACACAGUCUUUGCCCCUUUGGUCCCCAAGUACUCGGACCAGAAUCAGGACCCAGUCUUCUCACCGCCCGGGUAUUUCGUCAAAAACUCUGACCUCAGGGCUAUCCACAGAGCUGCCUAUGAGGGCGACAUCUACGAGCUCCUCCACCUGAAAAUAAAUAAGUUAAAUUCGUAUGACAAGAAGAAGAGGAGUGCUUUGCAUUUGACUUGCGUAAGAGGAUAUGCCAGGGUGGCCGCUAUGUUGAUCGACAAGAACUGCGAUCUGAACAUCAGAGAUGCUGAAGAGAGGACACCUCUGAUAAAGGCCGUGCAAUGCGAGAGACCGCAGUGCGUCACUCUCCUCUUAGAACGUGGCGCAGAUCCCAACAUUACGGAUAUCCACGGUAACUGCGCUCUCCACUAUGCUGCCCACAGCGGCAAUGUAGAGAUUGCAACAAAACUCCUUGAACAUGGUGCCGCUACAGAGAUAAUGAACAAGAAAGACACCACACCACUCUUCCUUGCUCUGAAGGAAACACAUUCAGAUGUGGCGGAACUUUUAAUUAAGCACAAGGCAAAUAUACAUCUAGUUGAUGGAUGUAAGAGAACAGCGCUCAUGCUUGCUGUACUUUGUAAUUCGGAAAGCUUAGUGGAUCUUCUUUUGGAGCAGAAUAUUAAUGUCUUUGCGGAAGAUUUAUUUGGACAGACUACAGACAAUUAUCUUCUUCCUGACUCUGAAAGCAUUCAACAGAAAAUUUUGGAAUACAAGGCAAAAAUUAAACCUAUAACUCCUACACAAGCAAGAGCAACUUUGGUUAAGGACAGGCGUUCUGUUUGUCAAAAAGAAGAAAUGGCUGAAAACCAUUUUUCCACCUUCACUUUAGUCCAGCCAUUCAUACCAGGUCCUCAAAUGGCCUUUGUCAACCAUUGUGAUACAGAGGAAGGAGCAAGAGAGUCAGAAGUUGGAGACAAUACCAACACGAUUGGUAUUGUUGAAAGUGCUACACAAAAGCAAAUAGAUAAAAUCUCUGUACUGUUAUCAGGACACGACAAACCAAAAGAACCAAGUUUGUAUUUGGAGAGUAUUUCAGAGACUCUUUCAGAGAAGGAUCUUAGUCAUUCAUCUCAGGAUGCCAAUCAAGAAGAAAAAAACAGAGUAAAUGCACAAGUAGAAGGACACAAAAUUUUAUCAAAAUCAGUGAAAGAGGAAGAAGAACCUAAAGGAAGUGAAAAUAACCAGCCACAGAAUUUAUCAGAGAAUCUUACCAAGGAGGAUCUUAGUGGUUCUUCUUGGACUGGCAAUUCAAAUGGAUAUAAGACAGUACCCAAACAAGUAAAGGUGCAUGUUAAGACACAACCUCAGUAUCAGGUAACAAUAUUCAUUCAGGAAAUUUGCACACACAGAGAAGAUUGGAUUACUGCAGCUCCAGAGAUUACGGGAAGGAGGAGGAAGUACUGGAUUGGGGCAGAACACAGGGAGGCAUUUCUUUUCUCCAGAAGGAUCAGGCAUCUGAGAUAUAUGUUGCAUUGA